AAGGGGCUGGUGCUGAUGGAGGUGAACCCUUGGACAACUCUGCCCUACGAUUGGUUUCACUCCUGUCGAUGCUUUCCAUUAACCUUCAGCCCAUUUCUAGCGCAUUGACUCCCAGGGGUUCUCAUCAGUGUCAAGAUGAAAACGUCUUCCAUCUGCCCUUCAACAUGGGCUAUGUGGAUGACUCCUCGGUCGAUGGCCCCAUCGGUCUUGCGAUGGUAUCCUUCAUCGCCCUAUACAACGCCAUUGAGCUCAAUGUCAUCAUAUUUUUUACAUUUAAGCGGAAAAGCGGUCUUUAUUUCUGGAGCUUCUUCUUUGCUACCUGGGGCAUCUUUUUCCAUACUAUCAGUUAUCUGAUGUGGAACUUUGGCGUCCUCAAAAAUGCUGCGGCAUGGGUUACCAUCGCUGUGAUCGGCGGGGUUCCCAUGGUCACUGGCCACUCCCUCGUUCUUUAUUCACGGCUACACCUUAUCUUAUAUAAUAAGAGGAUCCUCCGUCUGGUCUUGACCAUGAUUAUUACUAACGUUUUCAUCGGCCACGUCUCUACGAUCAUUGUCGCCUACCGGGCUAUUCUGGCCCUAGAACCCAGUCCCUACGUCACCGCCUACCCGGUAUACGAGAAGAUCCAAGUGUCCCUUUUCAUCCAGGAGAUGACUAUUUCGGGCCUAUACAUUUGGUAUACCUACAAAGCCUUCCAGAUGCAAGAAGCUCUCCGUGGUGCCCAGGCCUCCAGGAUGCUAUACCAUCUCGUUGCGGUUAAUAUUCUUGUUAUCAUCCUCGACGUCGCCGUCCUCGUCCUCAAGUACAAAAACCCGUACAACUUGCAAACCGCUAUCAAGGGAAUGGUCUACUCCAUCAAGCUCAAGAUCGAAUAUCCCAUCCUUAACUCCCUCAUCAACCUUGCCAAAGCCAACGUUGGACACAGUGGCGAGCACGACACCGUCCUGGACCUUGAUCGAAAGGACCUGCUUCAUCUCGAAGACCACUCCUUAUAUCUCAGCGCCAAGGCUCUUCAACUUGAAAGAAGUUCUGAAUAAUGAAGCCGCCAGUGAUUUCCAUAGACAUUAAGGCAAGCUGUGGAAAACAGGGUUUGCACCUAGACUUACAGCAUACUUGAACGGUCCAGCGCUCCUAAUAGUGCGCACUAUUAA